CAAAGGGGGAGGAAAAUGAGGCUGGCCAGCAUUCUUCUCAUUUAAGGCUGUAACUACGGUCGGGGCUGGGUCUGCAGGCUGCUCACAGGGAGAGGCACGCUGGUCUUCAUGGUGGAGCACUGAUAACCUUUCUUUUGGCUCCUUCUCUUGCUCGGCACACGAGGGAGGCUCAUGUCUGUCUUCUAGACAUGAUGAGCUUUGUGCAUUUAAGGACCUUCCUUUUUCUGGGGUUCUCCAUCGCUCAGGUUGUGAUUGUUACAUGUCAGGAUGGGAACAGUGGAGACGACCUGACCUGCACGACAGAUGGCGAGGUUUACACGAACAAGGACAUCUGGAAGCCAGAGCCUUGUCGAAUCUGCGUGUGCGACAACGGCCAGGUCCUCUGUGACGAGAUCCAGUGCGAUGAGUUGAGUAACUGUGAGAAGAUGAUCAUCCCCGAGGGCGAGUGCUGCCCUGUUUGUCAGUCUAACCCUUCCACCGGUGGAGGGACAGGCACCUAUGAUGGAACCCGGAUCUAUAAGGGUCAGAAGGGGGAACCUGGAGACGUCCCGAUUGUGACUGGCAUAAGAGGCCGCCCUGGACCUAUGGGACCUCCCGGCUCUCCAGGUGACAGAGGACCACGUGGAAACAAAGGAAGACCUGGUCUGCGAGGCCCUGCGGGCUAUGAUGGAGAGCCUGGUGUGCCAGGUCAGCCUGGAGAACCAGGACCUCCAGGACAUCCUACACACCCAGGGGGUAUUGGCUCCCAGAUUGCUGGAGUUGAUGGUAAAACAGGACCCCAAGCUAUGUUAACUGGCUCAAGGGGAGAAGCUGGAGCAAGAGGACCUCCUGGACCAAAUGGUGCACCUGGUCAACCUGGACCCCAAGGACCCCAUGGAGAUGUCGGUGAUCCUGGACAGAUGGGUUCAGCUGGCCAAAGGGGACCGGAGGGCCCUCCAGGGAAACCAGGUGAAGAUGGGGAAGCAGGCAAAUCAGGAAACCCUGGUGAAGUUGGUUUCCCUGGAUCAGCAGGAGCUAGAGGGUUUCCCGGUACACCUGGACCUCCUGGAUUGAAGGGUCACAGAGGCCAUUCUGGACCAAUUGGUCAAAAAGGUGAAACUGGAGCUGUUGGAUCCAAGGGGGCUACAGGGCCUCCAGGUCCAAUUGGAGGACCGGGACCCAUGGGUCCUGCAGGAAUGCCAGGAGAGAGAGGCCGCUCUGGACCCAGUGGUGUAGCUGGAAAGCGUGGUACCCCUGGUAACGUUGGGAAACCAGGUCCAAUGGGUCCCCUGGGUCUGAGUGGUCCACCUGGCUAUCCAGGAGCACCAGGAAUGAAGGGACAACCUGGUCCCACUGGAGUCCGUGGUCCUGAGGGCCCGCAGGGACAAAGAGGAGAGACAGGUCAUCAGGGAAGAGCUGGACCAGUUGGACUCACGGGACCCACAGGUACAGAUGGUGGCCCAGGUUCCAAAGGACCAGUGGGUAAUCGUGGAACCCAAGGUCCAGGUGGUCAUUCUGGACCUCCUGGCCCACCAGGACCUCAGGGAAGCACUGGGCAGCCUGGUAUAAAAGGACAACUGGGAGAUGUUGGUGUACCAGGAUUUAAAGGAGAAGCUGGACCCAAAGGAGAACCCGGUCCAUCAGGUUCCCAGGGAGUACUUGGACCUCAGGGUGAGGAAGGAAAGCGAGGACUACGUGGAGACCCUGGAUCGGUUGGCCCUCCUGGCCCCGUCGGUGAGAGAGGAGCUCCUGGCAACAGAGGAUUCCCUGGUGCUGAUGGGAUGCCAGGACCUAAGGGAGCGCAAGGAGAUCGAGGAAUAUCUGGGCCACCAGGACCUAAAGGUUCUCUAGGCGAUCUCGGCCGCCCAGGAGAACCUGGUCUACCAGGUGCAAGGGGUCUUACUGGCACCCCUGGGGUUCAAGGGGCAGAGGGAAAGCCAGGACCACUGGGUGCGCCAGGUGAAGAUGGUCGCCCAGGCCCAGCAGGGUCAAUUGGAAAUAGAGGCCCAGCAGGAACAAUGGGAGUACCAGGUCCCAAAGGUUUUAGUGGGGACCCAGGAAAAACUGGUGAACAAGGUUCUGCGGGGGUUCCAGGUCAAAGAGGUCCCCCUGGAAAAGAUGGAGAGGUUGGUCCAGCUGGGCCCCCUGGACCACCAGGUGUUGCUGGAGAGAGAGGGGAGCAGGGACCUCCAGGUGUAAAUGGAUUCCAGGGCUUGCCUGGAAAUCAAGGUCCCCCUGGUGAAUCUGGAAAACCAGGCGAUCAAGGAAUUCCUGGAGAGCUUGGUGCUGUGGGUCAAAUUGGACCAAGGGGUGAGCGUGGAAUUCCUGGGGAGAGAGGGGAGCUGGGUCCAACAGGUCUACAAGGACCUAAAGGAAUCCCUGGUGCACCUGGACCAGAUGGGCCAAAGGGUAGCCCUGGUCCCCCUGGUGCACUUGGUGAUGUGGGUCCACCUGGUCUUCAAGGAAUGCCAGGAGAAAGAGGUAUCUCUGGUCCCCCCGGGCCUAAAGGAGACAGAGGAGCAAUUGGUGAGAAAGGAUCAGAAGGAACACCUGGAAACGAUGGCGCUAGAGGGGCUCCAGGUCCUGUUGGUCCACUAGGACCUGCUGGACCCAGUGGUGAAAAGGGAGAACCGGGACCCAAAGGACCCUCAGGGCCUCCAGGAUCCAGAGGAAUGCAUGGAGCAAGAGGAGACCCUGGCCCAAUAGGUGCUGUUGGAUUUGCUGGCCCCCCUGGCCCGGAUGGCCAACCAGGAGUCAAGGGAGAGCCUGGAGAGCCAGGCCAGAAAGGAGAUGCUGGAUCACCAGGACCUCAGGGUUUGGCUGGCACUCAUGGGCCUCCUGGGCCAGGUGGUGUCGCUGGACUGAAAGGUGGAAGAGGAACACAGGGUGCACCGGGUCCCACUGGUUUCCCUGGAUCUGCAGGAAGAGUUGGACCACCGGGUCCAACUGGUCCAAUAGGAGAACCUGGACCUCUGGGACCUCCUGGGAAAGAGGGUCCUCCAGGUCUACGUGGAGAUCAUGGUGCCCCUGGGCGACAAGGAGAAAGAGGACCACCAGGACCACCUGGGAGCCCAGGAGACAAAGGGGACUCUGGAGAAGACGGACCAACGGGUCCUGAUGGCCCUCCAGGUCCCGCGGGAACUACAGGUCAGAGAGGCAUUGUGGGUCUUCCUGGCCAGAGAGGAGAGCGUGGUAUGCCUGGCCUUCCAGGACCAGCGGGCCCACCAGGGAAACAGGGAUCUCCAGGACCAGCUGGAGAUAAAGGCCCCUCAGGUCCAGUUGGAGCACCUGGUGCUAAUGGACCUCGUGGUGAUCCUGGUCCUGAUGGUCCGGCAGGAUCUGAUGGACCCCCAGGAAAGGACGGCGUUCUUGGACAAAGAGGAGACCGAGGAGAUUCUGGCCCAGAGGGUCUGAUUGGACCACAGGGACUUCCCGGCCCUCCAGGUCCAGUUGGUGCACCAGGUGAUGGUGGCAAGAGAGGAGAGGCUGGCUCGAGAGGACCCGUAGGUCCACCUGGCUCUGCUGGAAAAAGAGGACUAGUGGGACCUCAAGGACCAAGAGGUGAUAAGGGUGAUCUAGGUGACCAUGGAGAGAGAGGACAGAAAGGACAUAGAGGCUUCACUGGUUUGCAGGGUCUUCCUGGACCUCCAGGUACAACAGGUGAGCAGGGAGCUCCAGGAAUAGUUGGACCAAGUGGCCAGAGGGGGCCUCCUGGACCUAUUGGGCCUUCAGGAAAGGAAGGGUACAUCGGACAACCCGGGCCAAUGGGACCUCCUGGAACUCGUGGAAUAAGUGGAGAGAUUGGACCAGAGGGCCCUCCAGGAGAGCCUGGCCCUCCUGGGCCCCCUGGUCCUCCGGGACCUCCUAUGGCAGCCAUGGAUGACCUCUAUGGCGGCCCUCAAGAUUACGACUCUGGACCCCCUCCUCCCCCUGAGUUCAGUGAAGACGAAGCUCUGCCCAACAGCAACUCUUCUAACAUAGUUCCCGUUGACCCUGGCGUCCAGGCCACACUGAAGGCCCUCAGCAGCCAGAUUGACAGCAUGAAGAGCCCAGAUGGCAGCCGGAAGUCUCCUGCAAGGACCUGUGAUGACUUAAAGAGGUGCUACCCAGCGAAGAAGAGUGGGGAGUACUGGGUGGAUCCAAACCAAGGCAGUGCAGAGGAUGCAAUCAAAGUACACUGCAACAUGGACACUGGCGAGACCUGCAUCACUGCCAACCCAUCCAGCAUACCUCGCAAAGUGUGGUGGAGCUCUUCAAGGAAUAAGCCUGUGUGGUUCGGAGCUGACAUCAACAGUGGAACACAUUUUACUUAUGGAAACAAAGACCAGCCUGCAAACUCCAUUACAGUCCAGAUGACCUUCAUCCGCCUGCUUUCCAAAGAGGCUUCCCAGACCAUCACUUACCACUGCAAAAACUCUGUGGGCUACAUGGACGAGAAGACAGGCAACCUAAAGAAAGCUGUGCUCCUCAAAGGCUCCAACGACCUGGAACUCAAAGCAGAGGGAAACAACCGCUUCAGAUACACAGUGGUGGAUGACUCCUGCACAAGAGCCAACGGUAACUGGGGCAAGACAGUGUUUGAGUACAGGACACAGAAAACAGCAAGACUCCCUAUUGUGGAUAUUGCCCCUGUGGACAUUGGUGGUCCAGAUCAGGAGUUCGGCAUCGACAUUGGGCCUGUGUGCUUCUUGUAGAAUCGUCAGCAGGGUUGAGUGGACGAGAAUCCUGAGACUGUUGAACUGACAGCUGAGUGGAUCAGCCACCUUGUACAUAUGAGUACUGAGAACUAUUCUGGCCCUGUGGCAAGAUAUUUAUUGUGCCUUUCAACCCAGUUCAAGACAUCAAUGAUUUGUAAGUUAGAUCAAUGUUUAGAAAUGACCUAAAACAAGUAAAGAUCUGAAUCAUUCUUGUUUUCCUGUGUACGUUUGACUUAAAGCUUCAUGCCUCAAGGUGCUUCAUGGUUUUUUCGCUGGUAGCUCGUUCCAACCACAAGAUUUACAAAAACAUACACGAUUUAUGAUUGAAACAGAUCUGAAAUGUUACAACUGCUGUUUAUAGGCCCAGAAAAGAAAAAUGUCGACCCACCACUACUAAUCUGCAGAGAUGUGUUGGUUUCUUUUUUACAUUUUAAUAGUUGAAAUAUAAAGCAACUCAGUGGUGCUAUUGAGGAAAAGUUUAGAUGAACCAGUGUCUGUAACCAGUCAAAGACCUGCUCAGACGGUCCCUUCCUCGGUGUUAGCUACCUCGUCACCAACGGUGAGAGAACGAUGCCGCUACACAUCGCUCUUUCUUCACAGGUGCUGUUUUGUAAGUAGUGGUCCUUGUGCACUCCGUGGCACAGGACAGGGUUUGGGGAUGCCAAUAAAUCCAUUAUGUCAAC